GCCCGACUCUUGGCCAAUCCCCUUGAGUGGGUAUGUGCCAAAGACUUUAAGGUCAUCAUCAUUAUCAUCAUCAAGUUAGCUCCGUCACAAAGAGCGAAAUUUCGCAGCGUGCAUAUUAUGAGCCUGACUGCUUACGACGAAAGUUACCAAAGGAGCAGGACCUUUCAUGUCGUCCUUGGUGCGCAGGAAGCGCCACGAAUACUACAUUUUAAUUAACACUGUUUGUUAACGGUGACGAUUGCCAGCCUAUUCAGUGGAAACUUGAGAGUAUAAGUGACGGACGUUUGCAAUAAAAAUAGAAAGGUGCGUUGUCGAAAAAAAAAAAAAAAAGAGGAGGAGUCUGUCGUGCAGAAAGCUCGGCGCUGCGAUCGCGCAUAAUCUCUCGCAGCUGCACGCGGCGCUCGUGCCGGCGUGGUCACGCGGCGUCAGCGCAAGAGAACGACAAGGCAGGACCCCCGGGGACCGCGGCGGCAAAGGCAUGGCGCACAUCGGCGGACAACCGUUGAACCAGGUCACCCUGCGCAGCACCUUCCUGGCUGCCGACCAGGGCCACAAUGGCGCGAUCGACUACCGCGAGCUGCAGAUGGCCCUGUCGAGCGGCACCUGGCGGCCCUUCAACAUGGAGACGGCCAAGAUGCUCGUGUGCCUCUUCGACCGGAACCACGACGGCACCAUCAACUUCGACGAGUUCAGCGAGCUGUACCGCUUCGUGACGGACUGGUCGAGCGCGUUCCGCCACUACGACCCGUCCAACGCGGGCACCAUCGAGCCCACCGACAUGAUGAACGCGCUCAAGGAGUGCAACUGCACGCUCACGGACCGCUUCAACUCCAUGCUGCUGCGCCGCUUCGUGCGGGCAGGAAAAAUCUACUUCGACGAGUUCAUCCAGGCCUGCAUGUUCGUCAAGAGCGCCACGGACGCGUUCCGUCGCUACGACCGCCAGAAGACGGGCGUGGUCAACGUCCGCUUCGAGGAGUACAUUGUCAUGCUCAUCCAGGUGCUCGCGUAGCACCGCCUGCCGGAAAAUUCCCCCGCGCGUCACCGGGGAACGCCGCUCGAAAUUCGCCCGUCGACAAUACAACAUGCUCUGUCGGUAACCGUUCUCUGUCGCUUGUCUUUAGCAAUAAAAAAAACGCCCAGAGAUCACUUUAAUUAUAG